CAAAGUGCGAAGACCUUGGCGUAUAUCAAUGUUCUAGGUCAUAUGUCUUCGUGUUCGGAUGAUUUCGUUGACGCUGAUGACUGUUCAACCGGUUCCUUUUCUCCAAAACCUGAGGAAAUUAAGGGUUUUGAUGCUUCCUCAGAAAACGACGAACGAGAAGUAAAGACAGAAGAGGAAAGAAAAAGAGAGGAAAACUCGUUAACUGACCUUGAAAUUGAGACACGACGUGAUGACGCAGUGAAAAUGAAAGAUGAAGGAAACGUCCUUUUCAAAUCUGCCUUAUUCAGUGAAGCUUUGUCGAAGUAUACAGAAGCUUUGGACCUUUGUCCUUUAAAAUAUUGUAUUGAGCGUUCAGUCAUAUAUGCUAACAGAGCUGCGUGUCAUAUAAAAUUAGAUUCUCCAGAGGCUGCACUUCUGGAUUGCAAUGAAUCGCUGAAUUUGCAACCAGAUUAUGUUAAGUGCUUGGAGCGACGCGCUACUCUGUUGGAAAGCAAGGAUAGAUUAACCGAUGCAUUGGAAGAUUAUGAAAAGCUCUUACGACUAGACCCCAACAAUCAACGGGCUCGUUAUGCAUGUGCUACUUUGCCGGAGCGCAUUAAAAUUCAGAAUGAGAAAAUGAAGGAAGAAAUGUUAGGGCAAUUAAAGCAGUUGGGUAAUCUUAUAUUAAAACCUUUUGGUUUAUCAACAAAUAAUUUCAAAGUACAAAAGAAUCCUGAUUCUGAAGGUUAUUCCAUAAAUUUUGUUCAAAAUGCUCCUACCUCAUCUCAGUGAUGACUUGUGAAUGUGUGUGUUCUGUUAAUUUUAUUGUAUCUUCAUAUGUUACCAAUUUGCCGAUAACUGUGACGUCUUUUUUGUAUUUAUUACCUGCCUAUUGACUUAUAUGAAAUUAACCUUCCAAGUUUGUUAACCCAAAUGCGUUUUGGUACUUUAUUCUUUGCCACGAAGAUUCGAAAUACAUAUUUACAUGACAUAUAAGCUUCAACUUUCAGUUCUCAGAGAAGUGGGUAAUGUCUGUUUGUUUUCAUUGCAUUUUCUGUUUUCGAAACCACGUGAGUAGGCUCCUAUGAUAAUGUCAACCAUUUAAAAAAACAAUCGGAAUGUUUUGGAAAACUUUGAGGUACUGUCAGUAUGCCCUCAUAAAAUAAUUAUGUCACAGUAUUGUGACUAAUAAGCACUUUGCAGUUUUCCAUCAAUGGCUUACUCGAUUUCUAGUAAAAAGAGUGUGGAUUCAUUCGGUAUAUUUCAAAUGCUGAGUCAGCCUGCUAAGUUAAUUGAUUUUAUUUCCAGAACAAUCUACUUGUACUAUUUUCUCCAACUUUGUCUUGGGGGAAAAUGUCAGAUACCAAGGUAGGGUGACAACAGUCUCAAACAAACGCAGACAACUCUCACUUCGACUAUAAUCUCCUAUAGAAACACCAGCCAGGGAAUAAAUCAACGGAAAUAUUGAAUAUCGAUAGAAACAGUCUAAGGACAUAACAGAUAUUUCAGUCCCCAAUACCAAUAACUGCGUAAAACACUACAUCAAUCAUUCCCUUCACAAAAUUCAUCGUUAUAUAUACUUCACAUCCAUUAACAAGCAAACAAAACAAAGCAUAAGCCAGCGACCCUUCACCGAAUAACUCCCCAUUCAUUCUCCAAUUUCCUCCUCGUGCAACACAAAAUGGAGUUUUACAUUAAAUGUAUGUAUCUCACUCGACGGAUGUACUGCUUUGCUUCCAUUAUGGUGCAGGUUUUCUCAAGUGAUUCUAUUGUGAUUUGACUGAUAUUUCCCUCCUGAGUGUCUGGGUAUGUGGUUUUGUGCAAGGACUCCACAGUCGCUGAGUGUUGUGUCAGGGACUGCUCAUCACCUUGUGAGAUGAGUUUGCGUCUGUGGUGUUGUGAGCUCUGUGAAGGAGUGAAUUCUCAGUGACACACAAAGACAUCGUGCUCGUAUGUGUGUUGAAGUGGUGUGUGUGUGUGUGGCGGAGUUUGUUUCAUUUGCGUGGAGUGUGUGCGUGCGUGUUAGCAAUGAGGUAUUAGUUGAUUGUGCAUAGUACUUGUGUGAUUAGAUAGAGUGAUUGGUAUGUGAGAUGUAUUGUGUAAUGAAUGACAAUUGGUGAAUGGUUAUUGAGACUUCAGUUUUCGGUUGUGGGCUGGUGUGUGUUAUUGGUUAGUGGAGAUAUUUGGCGGAUUAGUGAUAGGGUGUGUGGUUUAUUUGGUGUGGACUAAUCGGUUAUGUGUUCGCGUUUGAGUAUAGAUGUGCGGAGUGUAUCCUGGAUUUCAGUUUGUUGAUGUGGAGUGUUUGUGUGGUGGAUAAUGGGAGGGAUUGGAGAGCGCGUUGAAAACUUUUCCACUGUCUGUGUGAGUUGUGUUGAUGGGUUGACUUGAGCGUGUAUGUGUAUCUGCGUGUUUGUGCUGUGCUAUCAGUAUAAUGUUUGGCGCUGGUGUUGAGUUAGGCGGUGAAGCGUGUUAGUUUUGUUGAUGGAUGUUGUAUUUGGCGGCUGCAAUUGUGUGUGAGUUUCAGUGUCAGGGCGACUGUGUGUGUGGUUAGAGUAUUGUUGGGAUGGUAGUUGAUGGUUUUGUUCCUGAAUGUUGGUUGUAUUUCGCGUCUCGCUGAAGUAGACGUUCGGAGGUGUGAUGUUGAUCUUGAGCGUAAUAGUGUUUGUUGUAGGUGGGUGAAGUGUGUCAUGUUGUUGUUGUUUCUGUUCUUGUUGAUGGUGGUGUUUGACGAGGUUGUAUGUUGUUGGUGAUGCUUUCAUUGUUGUGGUAGUUGUUUGUGCUUCUGUUUGUUAUUUAUGUCUUGAGUGAGGUGGCCCCACCCAUUCGUGGUGAGAUGGAUCAGUGAGUGUUGUGUAUGUGUGUGUGCCUUGAUGUGUUGUUGUUUGUGAUUAUCUUUGAUUUUUUUGUUUUCUUCAUGCGUUAAAGUUAAUUAUUUAUUUUUUGUUUUGUUUCAUUGCGUUUUUUUGUUGAGUUAAUAUAUUUUUGGUUGAAUUACGGUUAUUUUUUUUAUUCGGAUGUUCUGUACCGUAUGAACGAGUUUGUAAAUUUCCCCUCAUUGUGGAUGUACUACCAAAUACAGCUACUUUUCACGGUAUGACCAUUUAAAUGUAUCGUUUUCGGCAAUGGACCGUAUGUGAAUUAUUUACGUCGGUUGUGUCAUGAAUAUCCAUACUUUCUUCAGCUCCAUCAACUUCUAUUUCUACUUCACGUUCAAAUUGUGCAAAACCUUUAACUCACUAACAUUAGGCAUUGUAUUCUU